GCUCCGGGAUCGAUACCCGCGCCAGGUCUGUGUGAACGCUCCAGAGACGACCCGCCGAGGGAAGCCACUGCCGCCACAUUCCCGCCACGCCUACCGCACCCCACGCCCUGCCGCUACUCGGGAAGGGCGCGGGGAGCCGUGUGUGCGCGGGGGCGUAGUGUCCUACAGUGUGUUAAAGGCAGGAGCCGCUUGUAGCAUAGUUGCGUGAGAGUGAGGGAGUGAGGGGACAUGAUCAUGAGGGGACACAUAUGAGGUAAACACGAGCACCCAAACACUGGCACUCCUCCAGGGCCACGAGCUUGGCACAGGUGACACUGGUGCUGUGUGAUGCCAGCCUCUGCCUCACAGCCUCACGUCCGCCCCGCCCCGCCCAUGCCUGCUGCUGGCGGGGCCCUCAGUGGUUGCGGCACGCUGGCUUCAACCCGUACUGUGCUGUGUCUCUGUGUCGAUGAGGAUUCUAGGUGAGGAGGAGCAAAGUGAUGUUUCCAGGAGGGCCCCUUCCGACAGGGACCCGCGAGUGAGGGAAAGCCGAGCCGCGGGCGUGGCGUGGCGCACAGUGUCUGUCCCUCCACUCGCCGCUCGCCAGGUGUUGGCGCCGCGCAAAUGUCAGCUGCGUGAGGUGUGACAGCGUGUGGAGGAGACAAUGUUGAUCCGGGCAGUGCCGCAGCCUGCAGCGCCAAGCCACCGACCCGCGACCAUCAUUUGACUCCCGCCUGUGAAAACUCACGACACUUUGUGAAAACUGAAACUAAAGUCCUGCGUCAAAUGUGUGCAAUAGUGUAGUGAGGAAAUAUUGAGGAGCGGCAGCGUGACCUACACGGCCGUGUUAGAGUGUGUGUGCGUGUGUGAGUGCGUGUAGGAGUGGUGGUCGCCGCGCUCCCCGCCGCCGCCCCCCCUCGCCACCUCCCGCCUCCUGGCCUGGCACCCGGCUGUGGUACCCGGCACCGCAGGUCGGCGUGAGGGGCGCCGGCAGGAGGGCAGGCAUGGCUCGGUGACGGGGACGUGACGCAGCGAGGGCACCGCUCCGGCAGGAGGCGGCGGCACGAUGAGCAGCAGCAGCAUGGCCGCGGCGGCGCCCGACGUAGAGAUGCGGGUGUCGAGGGUGCUAUUCACCAUGCGGUGGCGCCUCAUGAGCCAAAUCCUGCUGGCGCUCCCCGUCGUGGGCAUGUUCAUCUGCCUCAUCACCUCCAUCAUCUUCCACUCCGACCACAUCAACAACACGAUAUGCAAGGUGUACAACUUCCUGCCGAGCAUCAGUGCCGUGACGGGAGUGUCGCCGCAGCGGUACCUGUGGCGCGUGGCUGUCGCCUUGCACAUUUCCCCUCGGUUGCUGGUAGCGUGGGUGGCGCGCGCCUAUUACAACUCCCUGGCCGCCCAUGUGCCCGCCGCCCGCCGCCCCGCCUACCUGACGCUGGUGUCUGUGGCCUUCUACCUCAACCUGACGGAGCUCGCCACGCUCUGUGGGGUCACUUAUAUCUCCAAUAAGGAGAACUACCCGGUGCACGAGAAGCUGUUCACGCUGUUCAUGCUGGUGUCGUUGGUAUACAUGCUGUGUGUGAUCAGGGUGCUGCGGGCCGUGCGCCACACGCUCUCUCCUGCCUUGCUCCACUCCUUCUCCCAAAAGAAGUGGCUCUUCGGCAUCAAGCUGGCCUCCACUGGGGGUCUCCUCUUCUUCUUCUGGCGCCACAGAGUCUACUGCCAACCCAUGGCGUUCAGCUGGUUCUCGCUGUGUGAGUACGUGAUCGCCACGUGCAACAUGCUGUACCACGUCAGCGUCGCCCUCGACUUCUCCGACGAGCAUCUCAUCGUAGGCCACAUCAUGCCGGCGGCUUCCACGCCAUCGGCGCAGCCCACCGCCUCACUGAUUACCACGGCAUCCUCCUCGCCGCGACAAUCCCCCUCCACUUCCACUACUACCUGCGAUUCGCUAGCAACCUGCGAGGGCACCCCCGACGUACCACCCACCAAGAACGGCCGCCUGGAUGACACACUGGCUGACGGUGGCCUCGGGAUGGGCGUAAGCGGGUCCGGUCUAGUGUUUGGGGCUGCAAGAGCCAGCCACGCCCCGAUGGGAUACGGUGCAGCACCCGAGGCGCGGUGCGACACGGGUGGGACGGGGCCUAGUGGUGGUGCAGGGGAAGGCGAGGCUCCCGCUGUGGUACACCAAGUCCUGAACACCAUCCACGAGGGCGCCGAGCCGCCUCCGCCUCCCUGCCUCAACGGCCUGGACCGGUGCGAAUCCGCAGUGGUGCAGCGACGGCCGCCGCCGUCCAACAAUCCCGGUAGCCCGCCCACGGAUCCUCAGCCACUAGCCCGCCCGCAUAGUGAAUAACUCCUGCUGGACUCUGCUCCGCCCACGUCUACCUGCAGGACACCGGCCACCCACCCAUGGCGAACCCUGCGUCCCUGGUAAGGGAGCCCCCUGACGGCCUGGCACUGCAGAUCAUCUGUCAGGGCUAUGUUCCCGUGCUGGCGUGUGGCAGGCGAGGGAUGCCGCCGCCAAGCCAGAAGCUUCGUUGUCUGACUCUCUCAGCGUAAAUAGGAGCGUUCAGGCCUCCGCGCCUGGCGACCAUCAUGUAGCUGUACCGCCAUCACAGCCAGGGAGCCAAACUCCCACAGCAUCCAUGCUGCGAGGCGCCACGCCUAGGAUGGUUCCCGAGAGCCGCGCUGUGACACGAGAGCCUGGCGGCGCUCGUGAUCAAAUCCUGAGGCGUCACGGCGGCCACAAGCAAUAACAUUAGUUCUGUUUACGACGGAUUUAAGUCACAUUUUUUAUAAGAUCUCGGUUUCUUUCAAAAAAUUGGUAAAAAAGUGAAAAUUCCAUAUCCUUGAGGGGCACGGGAGGGCGACGCUCGUGCCGUCUGACGGUGGGGGUAUAGGGCGGGACCGGGUAACGCGGGACAGACAACCGCGGUGGAGGGACUACUGAGGAUCAGCGGUCCAGUUCAGCAGGACCGACUCUCCGGCUCCUGUACUUAUGGGCUGCCCGCCCCACCGCCCCCACUGCAUCACGAUCCGCCCCGCUCGCCUCCUGCCAGGCGGGUCACGAGCCCCAUGCCUUAUCGGUCCACGCUAGACGGUAGUGUGAAAGGCGGUCCUGCGGAGCCACGACAGCCCCACUAAUGUCGCCAUCAUCGGGAAAGGAAAGGAAUACUUGGUUUGACUCAGUCCAUGGCGGCGGGAAGCUAGACUGCUGCAGGACGAGGCCUACCUCAGCCAUCCCAGGCACCUGCUCCGCGCACCUGGGCUGGCCGCGGUCACCUUGAGGAGCAGAGGCGUCCCGCGUCCGCACCUGAGUUGCCUGUCUCGCGUCACAAACAAACAAAACGUAUUUUAUUGUGGACCAUUGCUUUGGUUUAUCUAUCUACCUCAUUGUCUACCGAUCUGUUUAUCUAUCUGCCUCACUGUCUGACGAACUGUCUAACUUGUUUAUCAAUCAUUUCGCCACUCUGGCCCCUCUAUUCUUCACAUCACUCUAUACCUGUUCUGCGCUGGUCCACGCACCACCUCUCAGGAUGCAAUGUGGUGGCGCCUCACCACGAUCACCAUUACCACUUCCGUCAGUAGCGGACACCAGCACUAGCAGUACCGCCUCCCAUGCCACCACCGUUAAUUAACGCCCUCCUCUUAAAGUUAUUAUUACAGUAUCUACAAAGAAAAAAGCAGGGAGGAAACUUACGUAAUUGUCUUUGUUGUUAUUGUUACUCUGAAGAGAAAAAUUGAAAGAUUACUUAAAGGAUUUUAUUAUGUAAUACAAAAAAGAACAAAAUUA